AUGAAAUUAGGAUAUAACGAAAUAAUGAUAGUAUCAAUGUACUUUGAUGAUAUUAAAGAUUUUAUUAAUUUAGAAAUUGGAAUUAAAAGAUUUCAAGGAAAUAUGGAACGAUUUCAUUUUAAUCCAAUUCCAUUAAAUAAAUAUUCAAGAAGAUUAUUUACUAAUAUUGAAACAUUUCAUAUUUAUAAUUAUACUGAUGAAGAAUUUAAAGAUGGAAGAAUAUUUAAACAAGUAAUAUGGUAUAAAGUAUAUUAUUCAACAUAUUUAAAAGAGAAAAAACAAGGAAAUAUCUGUAAAAAUAUAGAAUAUACAAAAGAAGAUAGAAAUACAUAUGGAAAUACAAUACCAUCAGAAGUUAAAUCACUUGGAUAUAAAUGUUUUGAUGAAUGUUAUUCAUUAAAAUCAAUUAAUAUACCAUCAUCAAUUAAUGAAAUAGAGCUGAUUGUUUUAAAGAUGUUCAUCAUUAAAAUCAAUUAA